CAGCAACACCAAAGUUACCAUACACGUACACUAGCACAUGACCUUGGCAUGAGCAUCUCUGCCGUCAUGACUACUCUCAAGCUGCUCCGGCGUCCGAUCAUCCCCUUGGGAAUUAAUUCCCUAUAUACGCCUGGAACCCGUGCAGUAGCCGGUCCAGUCCUUCAGUAACCCCCGUUAAUACCAGUUCCUCACUGUGUUCCCUCCAGACUUUCCACUCGAGCUGAAGCGACUUGCCAGAAAACCGCCUUCACCUAGGGCAUGUUUCGGAACCCGACGAUUGACAAUAUGAGCGCAAACACGAAUCAGGUCGACCCGAUGCAGCACCCGCUCCGGGCCACCGCCACGGCCAUCGGCGCCGGUCUUCAGGGGGAAAGUCGGGGUCCCCGUGUAAGCCACAUGCAGAGCGCCAACGAAGGGCCAGCGGACAUUAUCGGCAAGGUCUCGGGCGCCGUGCCGGGCGGGAAGCGGGCGGACGAUGGUCCUUACUUUACCAACAACGAGGGCCACCCUUUUCCGGACCCAGCUCACAGCAAGACCGUCGGUGGUCUUCCGCUCGCGAGUGAUGUAUUCCUCUUCCAGAAGCAACAAACCUUCAAUCGAUCCAAGGCUCUUGAGCGAAUGGUCCAUCCCUGCGGAUCUGGAGCAUUUGGCUACUUCGAAUGCACCAAGAACGUCACUGAGCUCACGAAAGCCAACUUUUUGUCCAAGGUCGGUGAGAAGACACCUGCCUUUGUGCGUUUCUCGACCGUGACGCUCGGUCGAGAAUUCCCCGACCAGGCCCGGAAUCCCCGUGGCUUCGCUAUCAAGUUGUACACCAUGGAGGGUAACUACGACAUUGUUGGCCUCAACUUUCCCGUCUUCUUCUGCCGAGACCCCAUCCAGGGCCCGGACGUCAUCCGCUCGCAGUACCGCAACCCUACCAACUUCCUCCUCGACAAUGACGCGCUGUUUGACCUGCUCGCCAACACGCCAGAGGCCAACCACGCCGGCCUCAUGUUCUUCAGCGACCACGGCACGCCGCAGGGGUGGCGCUUCAACCACGGCUACGGCUGCCAUACCUUCAAGUGGGUCAACCAGCAGGGCCAGUUCGUCUACAUCAAGUACCACUUCAUCGCCAAGCACGGCCAGAAGCAGUUCACCGACCCGGAAGCCGUAAAGAUGUGCGGCGAGGACCCGGACUACUCCAAGCGCGACCUCUGGCAAGCCAUCGAGCGCGGGGAACAGCCGGAGUGGACCACCUACGUGCAGGUCAUGCAGCCGAACGAGGCCGACCCGGACGUCCUGGGUUUCGACCCCUUCGACGUGACCAAGGUGUGGCCGCGCGACCGCUUCCCCAUGCACGAGUUUGGCCGUCUCGUGCUCAACAAGAACCCGGAGGACUUCCACCGCGACGUCGAGCAGGCCGCCUUCUCGCCCGGCAGCAUGGUCCCCGGCAUCGAGGACUCGCCCGACCCGCUGCUCCAGUUCCGCAUGUUCUUCUACCGCGACGCCCAGUACCACCGCAUCGGCGUCAACCUGCACCAGGUGCCGGUCAACUGCCCCUUCAUGGCGCAGUCCUACGCCUCGCUCAACUUCGACGGGACCCUGCGCACCGACGCCAACCACGCCGGCAACAAGCAGUAUGCCCCCAACAGCUUUGCCAACAAGUUCCGCCCGGACGCCGCCGAGGCGCCCUACGCCGUCGGCGACAACAUCGUCAGCCGCCGGAGCCACUACUGGCACGAGGGCAAGAGGAACGACUACGACCAGGCCAGGGAGCUGUGGACCCGGGUCAUGAAGCCGCAGGAGAAGAAGAACACCUUCUACAACACCGCCAAGCUGCUGAAAAACGUCCACUAUCCCGAGAUUCAGGUCAAGUACCUCGCCCAGCUGCACAACAUUGCGCCCGAGUAUGCCCAGGGCGUCUACGAGCUCCUUCGGGAGCCCAAGUUCGGCCUGGAUGAGGUCAAGGAGAAGGCCGAGACGGCGCAUCUCUGGUACAAGGAGAAGAAGUUCCGGCCUAGUGGGGGGGCUAAGCUGGUUGGCCAGGUUCCGUCGCUUUCCGUGUAUAACUGACGAAUUCGUGUAAUGUCUAUGGGAUCGUGUACGGGAUAAGGAGAACCGGAAAAUGAAUUCAACGAAGUUCCAACGCGCUAGACGUCAUUGGAUGUAAGCGCAAGAAAAGCGU